CAAUGCUCAACUAAUAUUUGAAGUAGUUGCUCUCCUAGCAGGAGAAAUGUAUAAUAAUGUUUUGUUAAUCGUGACACUACAGUGUAUCAUCACGCGUUUGUAUGUUGUGUAUGGGAACCGUUUAGGUAGCUGCAUCCUCCAAGGUGACCCUCAGCCUCCUGUUCUCUUCGACGAAGGAGACUUUAUUAUUGGAGGUGCUUUUAGCAUCCAUUACUAUUUGAGGACAGAAAAGCACACCUAUACUAUGCGGCCACAAUCAUUAGAGUGCAGUGGCAGCAUGGACUUCAGAGAGCUGCGCUUUGCCCGUGUCUUGCAGUUCGCCAUCCAAGAGAUCAACAACAGCUCCGAUCUCUUGCCGGGCAUUACAUUAGGGUACCGCAUAUAUGACUCUUGUGGCUCUGUGCCAAUGGCAGUCAAGUUGUCAUUUCAGCUUGCCAACGGAUUAGAUCUCAUAUUUAACGACAAUGAUUCUUGUUCGAAAUCUGCUGCGGUUGCCGCACUAGUCGGAGAAUCUGGCUCCACGCCUUCUAUAAGCAUUUCAAGGCUUUACGGUCCUUUUGGCAUUCCCCAGGUGAGUCAUUACGCUACAUGCGCGUGUCUCAGUGACAAGCGACAGCACCCAACUUUCUUCAGGACCAUCCCCAGUGAUCACCAUCAAGCGGCCGCACUGGCACGGAUGGUCAAGCGCUUUGGGUGGACGUGGAUUGGGGCUGUGCGCAGUGAUUCAGACUACGGGAAUAAUGGCAUGGCAUCAUUCCUGAAAGCAGCAGAGGAGGAGGGAAUUUGUGUGGAAUAUUCUGAGGCCUACUACAGGACCCAACCGCGCAGCAAAUUGAUGAGAGUCGCUGAUGUCAUCCGAAGAUCAACGGCUCGUGUCAUUGUUGCUUUCAUGGCUUCAGGAGAUAUGAGACUUCUGUUAGAAGAGUUGAGCCAACAGCCUCUUCCUCCGAUGCAAUGGAUCGGCAGCGAGGCGUGGUUUACAGAUCCAGAAAUGUUGCGCUUUAAUAUGUGUAUUGGUGGUGUGGGUUUCGCAAUCCCGCGGUCAGUUAUCCCUGGCUUUCGUACGUUUCUACUUGACCUGUCUCCACAGCGCGCAAUGAAAUUCCCACUGCUGACAGAAUUCUGGGAAAGCUCAUUUAGUUGUAGUCUAAAACAGCAGACAGGUCCUUCUACUGGCAUGCCCGCGUGUGAUGGCACAGAGGACCUUGGCAGGUUAAAGAACCCGUAUACAGACACGUCCCAGUUGCGCAUCUCUAACAUGGUGUACAAAGCCACAUACGCUAUAGCUCAUGCACUCCAUGGCAUUAUCUGUAAUGAAAAGAAGUGCAACAAAAACAUCAAGAUUGAGCCACGAGAGGUUCUUGAUAAGCUCAAACAAGUGAAGUUUUCUAAAAAUAAUUAUUCUGUUUCGUUUGAUGCUUAUGGAGACCCUGUGGCCGUGUAUGAGCUUGUGAACUGGCAGCUUCAAAAAGAUGGUUCAAUUGAUUUUGUAACAGUGGGUAAAUAUGAUUCUUCCCAGCCCAAAGGCAAAGAAUUCAGCCUGAGCAGAGCUAUCAUUUGGUAUGAUGGCACUGAAGAGGUGCCUGUGUCUGUGUGCAGUGAAAGCUGUCCACCGGGUACACGGAAAGCUGUCCAAAAAGGAAGACCUGUCUGCUGUUAUGACUGCAUUAAUUGUGCCGAUGGAGAAAUCAGCAAUGAUACAGAUUGUUUGGAUUGUCAUGAAUGUCUCUCAGACUACUGGCCCAAUAAUGAGAAGAACAAGUGUCUCCGCAAACCAGUGGAGUUUCUGUCUUGGGAUGAGAUCCUUGGAAUUAUUCUGGCUGCUUUUUCUGUUGCUGGCUCUUUAGUGGCUUUAAGUAUGGCUUUAGUGUUCUAUAAAAACAGGGCUUCUCCAAUAGUGAGAGCCAACAACUCUGAGCUGAGCUUCCUGCUGCUCUUCUCACUGACUCUGUGUUUCCUCUGUUCACUCACUUUCAUCGGUCAGCCCACUGAGUGGUCCUGUAUGUUGCGUCACACAGCUUUUGGGAUCACUUUUGUCCUCUGCAUCUCUUGCGUUCUGGGGAAAACAAUAGUGGUGUUAAUGGCCUUCAAAGCUACACUUCCAGGAAGUAAUGUCAUGAAAUGGUUUGGGCCUUCUCAACAGAGACUCAGCGUUUUUGGUUUCACUCUUGUACAGAUUAUUAUUUGUGUGCUUUGGUUAACAAUAUCUCCACCGUUUCCUUACAAGAAUAUGCAGCACUACAAAGACAAGAUCAUUCUAGAAUGCAGUUUAGGGUCAGCUGUUGGUUUCUGGGCUGUGCUGGGUUACAUAGGCCUCCUAGCUUUCCUAUGUUUUGUUUUAGCUUUUCUGGCCCGGAAGCUGCCUGAUAACUUUAAUGAGGCUAAAUUCAUCACCUUCAGUAUGCUCAUAUUCUGUGCAGUAUGGAUCACAUUUGUUCCAGCUUAUGUCAGUUCUCCAGGGAAAUUUACUGUGGCUGUAGAGAUUUUUGCCAUUUUAGCUUCAAGCUUUGGUUUGAUUCUCUGUAUUUUUGCUCCUAAGUUUUUCAUUAUUAUAUUUCGACCAGAACGGAACACCAAAAAACACAUAAUGGGUAAAGUACCAUCAAAAGCCCUUUAAGUCACUCAUUGCUUCUGAGGUGCACACUCUGAUUAAUUUUGAACAUUGUAUUCUGGGAAUUAAGCGUAUAGGUUUCUGAUUCUACUGUUUGUGCUGUAUGUGCAAAUAAAUUAAAUUCAUAUACUUAGAAGAUGAAAAUUUUAUUAAAAGACUAGAUUAGUUAUUUUCCGAAUUGUGUGGAUGUGUGGAGUAACCUCUUGUGUAGCUGUGGAAACUUAACACAGUUAAUUCCAUGUUGUUGUUUUUGUUUUACACAAUAUUUUGGGUUGUCUUGAUAUGCAGUAAUGUUCAAAAUCCACAAUAACUAAUAAAAAAAACUCCAAAAUGUCACAGUCACCAGCAAUCUAGCACAUGCAGAAAUCUGGAGGACUACAAAUCUGUCAGCAAAAGAGCUACAAUAUACAGUCAUGCACCGCUCACACACCUGUUCCCGGUUCCAUUAAUUACACACACACAGCUAGACGAUCGUUAUGAACUGAUUACAGGGACUAUAUACACAGCACACACGCACACCUCAGGGCUGUGUCUUAAUUAACUGUGUGUGACAUUACGAUGUGGUUUCCUUUGCCUUGCCCUACUGUGUUUGACCCAUGCUUUGUUUUGUUUGUUUAUUUAUGUUGUCUGCUGCCUGCCUUUGACUAUGUGCCUGUUUUUUGACCACGACUUGCCCGUAUACUUAUGUUUGUUCCUGCGUUAGCCAUUGCUUGCCUGACCAUUCUCAUAAUAAAUCCUGCAUUUGGAUCUACA